UCGACAACGAAUAUCAUCAAAGAUUUAGUCUAUAUCUUUUAAACAGUGAAAACAAAAUAUUUUUUUUAAAUAGAUUAAAUUGAUGAAACCUGAGACGAAAUUCAGCACACACAUACUCUUUUUUCUUUAAAUGGUUGUCGAAUAGUUCAACUAUGUCUGAAUAUUGGAAAUCUCAACCCAGGAAGUUUUGUGACUUCUGUAAAUGUUGGAUAACAGACAAUAAACCGAGUAUUGACUUUCAUGAGAAAGGAAAAAGGCACAAAGAAGCUGUCAAACAGAAAAUUGAAGAUUUAAAGAAGAAAGGUGUAGCUGAUGAAAAGAAGAGACAGAAAGAAAAUGACUACAUGCAACGAAUGGAAAAGGCGGCAUUGGAGGCCUUUAAGAGAGAUUUAGAAGAAAAUCCAGAGCUUGCAGCCCAGUAUAAAGUAAAACAACCAGAGGUGUUUGAAGGUCCUCAGUUACCAGAAGGUUAUGUUCCUUCAAAGAGUGUGGAUGAAGAGAAAGAGGGAACAUCUGAAGGAACAGAGAAACAAGAAGAGUGGUAUGAGGCAAUGUCCGAAAUGGGAUACCCUUAUUACUGGAAUACCGUGACUGGGGAGUCAAUAUGGGUAGCUCCAGAGAAGUAUGUAUCGCUAGCAGACCAGGGUCUGGAACCUGCCCCCACCAAUGAGGAGCCUGUUGUAGAUAAACAACAGGAACCGCCAGAACCAAAAAAAGUAGAAGAAAUACCCCUACCACCUGGCAUUGAGUCAAUUCCUCUCCCAGGCGAGGCUGACCCACCGUCCCCACCUUCACCAGAGGAGAGCGAGUCGGAGGAGGAAGACACAGUGGAGGGGAAUCAGGAUAGAAGUUCACGAGGAGUGUUUGGUGUAUGGUCACGUGUUCAAAAAGAGGCAGAACAAGAGCAGGUAGAUCUACAGUUACCUCAGACAGAUGCUUACACAGACACAAUAUCUAUACCUGUCCCUGUAGAAGAAAAAAUAAAAUUUAAAGAAAAGAAAGUGACUUCAAUAGGUUCAAAUAAAGGAGGUCCUGUUGCAUUUAAGAAAAGAAAGCUUGCCAGUGGUGCAAGAAAUGUACGAAGACGUGGUGAUGAUGAUGAUGAUUAAUUAAAGUGUGAAAUAAAAAAAUUAUUGUAGUUUUGAGGCGGAAAAUCAAAAUGAAAUGGGAGAUGAAAAUAAAGGGCUUGAGAAAUGAUGAUAGUAAUUGUAAGAAAUUUGUAAAAGCUUGCAUUGGAGAUUGUUUUUGAGUGGUGAAAGAUCAAGUCAAGAAAGUUCUUGUAAAAGUUGAAAAGAGGAAGGAAUGUGAACUGUUAUUUUCCAUUUUAUGAUCAUAACAAAGGUGAUUCUUUUGACGCAAAUUUAGGAAUGUUCUUUUUUAUAAAGUUUGAAAACAUGUAUCUAUGAAGUUGAUGCAGUAUGUAAAUGAAGUUUGUGAACAAAAAAUAAUUAAAACCAUUAAAAAAAACAAAAAAACUGGAGAAGGAGCAAAGUGUUAACACCAAAGGUCAGAUCUAUGGACUGGAUGUUUAGUUUCAAUAGACCUUCAUCAGGAAGAUUUAAUAUAAGUUUAAACAUUAAAGGAGUGUUAAUAUAUUGACUUAUGAGGUAUAUAAUUGUCUCUGGCCUAUCAGUUAAGGUCGUUGAAUUGGAACCACUUGUCCCUCAUUGUUUAAGUUUGAAUUCCACCUGGGACUCGGGAUUCUUUGUGUGGGAGCUAUCCAGCUAGCUUACAGAAUGUUGGUGGUUCUACUUAGAUGUUAACUUGUUAAAUUAUGCACUUUAUGGGACCUGAGGUCUUUCUCCACCCAUUUAAGCUAGAAAGCAGCCAAAUGACCUGUUCAGUGUUGGUGUGACUUUAAACCCUAAAUGGACAGCAAAAAUAAAUUUAUUUAGAGUGCAGCAAAUGUAACCUUGAGACAGAGGGUUGAAGGCAAUUUGUUCAUGACUGCUGUUUGAAAAGUUGGUUGAUAGUUAAAGAGAAUCAUUUAGAACUUCAGAAUAUAUUUUCAUAUAAUCACAUUUUAGGAGCAUGUGUUAAGUGGCCUACUGGCAUGUAAAUUUGUGUUCAUGAACAAAAGUGCUUAAAGUAAUAAUAAUAAAAAAAAAACAUUAAUAAUGACAAAUGUAAAUGUUUUUUUACUUUCUUCUCUUUCAUUUGUUUAUACAAUUUUAUUGUUUAUGAUAGUAUCAAUGCAAUUUUUACGAACUUACCUAUGUUUAUGCAAUGAUAAAUAUCUAAAUGGUAAAUGAAAUGAAAUAGUACAAAGAGAUA